UACACUUAGAUCAAAAAUUAACAAAAGAAAGUAAAUCAUCAGUGUUUUGAUUCAUCACUCGCGUUCACGGAUCCUUUCGGAAGCUUCGCGAAACCAAGAAAUAACAGUUUGCAGCUGUGCAAAGGUGACAAAAUGUUUCGUACGUCAAUUUUCGACAAAAGUUUAGAAAAUGCGACCAGCAACUUGAAUCUGGAGCCCGACUGGCAGGCGAUACUGGUCAUUUGCGACACCAUUCGUCAGGGAGACGUAAAUGCAAAGUAUGCGGUGCAGGCGCUUAAGAAGAAAAUGUCGUCCCCGAAUCCCAUCACGGCCCUGUAUGCGCUGCUGGUGCUGGAAAGUAUGGUGAAAAACUGUGGAACUCCGGUGCACGACGAGAUAGCGAACAAGGCCAACUGCGAGAUGUUCCAGAAUCUGGUCAACAACACCAAGCAUGACGAGGUGCGAGGGAAGAUGCUCGAGCUGAUCCAAGCAUGGGCGUUUGCUUUUCGCUCCACGAUUAAAUAUCGAUCGAUAAAGGAUACGAUGAACAUCUUGAAAACGGAGGGCCACAAGUUUCCGGAGCUGAAGGAGGCCGAUGCUAUGUUUUCGUCCGACAUCGCCCCGGACUGGGUGGACGGCGAGGUGUGCCAUCGGUGUCGGUCGCAGUUUACGUUCACCGUGCGCAAGCAUCACUGUCGCAACUGUGGGCAGGUAUUUUGCGCCCAGUGCUCCUCGAAGUCGAGCACCUUGCCCAAAUUCGGCAUCGAGAAGGAGGUUCGCGUGUGCGAUGGGUGUUACGCGCAGCUUCAACGCCCAACGCCAACGUUGACGAAGAAAGCGACCGAAGAGGAAGAUCUGCCGGCCGAGUAUCUGACCAGUUCGUUGGCCCAGCAGGCACAAGGUCCGGCCCGCAAGACGGACGAGGAGUUGCGCGAGGAAGAAGAGCUACAGCUCGCUCUCGCGCUUAGUCAAUCGGAAGCGGAAACGAAGCAAGCGCAGGCGCAAACCCGGCGACCAACGUUCCACAAGUCACCAUCGCCCGAACCGCAAGCGGCGGCUCCGGCCAAGAGGAGCCCCUCGCCAGUCGAAGAGCCACCGGCCGAUCCGGAACUGGCACGCUAUCUGAACCGCAACUAUUGGGAGCAGCGGCAGGUGAUGGAAUCGCCGGCCUCACCGUCCGCACCGAGUCCGAUGCCUAGCCCGAUGCCGUCGCUGCAGCCCAGUCUGCUGCUGAAGGGUGCCCCUGAAGAUGUGGAAAUCGACGACUUUUCAAACUCGAUGAAAACACAGGUGGAAAUCUUUGUCAAUCGCAUGAAAUCGAACUCGAGCCGUGGCCGCAGCAUCUCGUGCGACAGUGCGGUACAGACGCUGUUUAUGAACCUGACGUCGUUGCACGCCCGGCUGCUCACGUUCAUCAAGGACAUGGACGAUAAACGCAUGUGGUACGAGCAGCUGCAGGAUAAGCUGACGCAGAUCAAGGACUCCCGGGCGGCAUUGGACGUGCUGCGGCAGGAGCACCAAGAGAAGCUGCAGCGUAUCGCCGAGGAGCAGGAACGCCAGCGGCAGCUGCAGAUGGCGCAGAAGCUGGAGAUUAUGCGCAAGAAAAAGCAGGAAUAUCUGCAGUACCAACGCCAGGUGGCCCUGCAGCGUAUUCAGGAGCAGGAACGAGAAAUGCAGAUGCGUCAGGAGCAACAGAAGGCACAGUAUCGCAUGGGGACAGCUUUCCCGUUCAUGCCGGCCCCCGGUCCGGGGCAAGUUGGAGCACAGGGAUCACCGGUGCACGUGGGUGUUCCCGGCGGCUAUGCCUCUCCGGGAUAUGCAUACGGCCCGAUGCCACCGGCGAACGGUGGAACUCUUCCUCACUAUCACGCUCCGCAGCAGCCACAGCAGCAACAGCAGCAGCAACCACAGCAACAGCAGCAAAUGUUUUCCCCACAACACGCAGGACAAUUUACGAUGCCGGGAGCCACCGCUCCAGACGGGCAGGCAUCAAUGCAGGGUCCGCCGGGACCCGGUAUGAUUCCGCCGCCCGGUAUGAAUGUGAUGCCCGGACAGGUGCCACCUCCGGGAGCGAUGAACAUGCCCGGUGCACCGAUGCCGGGUACCGCAGGAGCUCCGAUGAUGGGUCCAGCAUCGCUUCCUCCCCAGCAGCAGCCACAGCAGCAACCGCCCCAAGGACAACCACAACCGAUGAUGGGCGCCAAUCCGAUGCCCGUUCCCGAACAGCACCAGCAGCCAGCUCAGGGUCCGCCCGUCACGUUGCCACAGGCAGCACCUCCUCCGAACACACUGGCAGCUCCGGUUCCCGAGCCUGUUGCACCGGCCGCACCACCCGCCCAACCACCAGCCGUCGCUCCGGAACCACCAACGGCUGAGCUGAUAAGCUUUGAUUAAAAUCCUGACCCGCGGUCGGUGAGGUGUUAUGAAAUUUUUAAUCGUUUUCGCUGUUGCUCCUGAUAAAAGGCUGCCCGUCGCCCCCGUCACGUGGAAUGCCAUUUAGCUUCUGCAUUGGUGACCGUAAAGGUCCUUUUCACGAUUCCAUUUUGUAACGAUUCGGUAUCGCCGAGGU